CCCACACUACUUCCUCGGCUGCUGCUGUUGCGCGUGCCUAGCCUAGCCUAGCUUGUUGCUGCUGUGACCGGAGUUCCUCUUCCGCUGACAGGCUGCUGUCACACAGCUACCAUGUUAUCCCAUUCCCGGUGUCUCACCAGGAAUUUUGGCCGCUCCCUCUCUGCCAUCCGCCAGGGGAAUAAUGUGUUAGCUCGUCGGGCCACGGCAGCUCUGUCUGCUAGCCAUUCUAUCUCUGUCAACAACAACGUAAAAUACGAUCCCCGGUCCACUGUCUUCCAAAUCCAGUACUUCAGGACAUCUGUAGCCUACAGAAAUGAAGUCGUCACAGUCAAGACCCCUGCAUUUGCAGAAUCUGUCACAGAGGGGGAUGUGAGGUGGGAGAAAGCUGUUGGAGACACCGUCUCUGAGGAUGAGGUGGUGUGUGAAAUUGAGACUGACAAGACGUCUGUGCAGGUUCCUUCUCCCGCUGCUGGAGUAAUUGAGGAACUCCUGGUCCCAGAUGGAGGGAAGGUCGAAGGGGGAACUCCACUUUUCAAGCUCAGAAAAGGAGCUGGUGCUCCCAAAGCUGCAGAAGCUCCCAAAGCCGAGGCCCCGGCCGCCGCAGCCCCUCCGCCACCCUCCGCCGCCCCCCCUCCACCUCCUCCCCCUUCAGCUGUGGGCCCCAUUCCCACCACCAUGCCCCCUGUGCCACCUGUGCCAGCACAUGCUAUGGACACCAAACCAGUUUCAGCCAUCAAGCCCACUGCUGCACCAACUGCACCCGCUUCCCCAGCCGAGGGAGGACCUAAAGGAGCUAGAACAGAAAGCAGGGUUAAGAUGAACCGCAUGAGACUGAGAAUUGCCCAGAGACUGAAGGAAGCCCAAAACACCUGCGCUAUGCUCACUACGUUUAAUGAGGUCGACAUGAGCAACAUCACAGAUAUGAGGAAGUCCUACAAAGAUGCCUUCCUGAAAAAGCACAACAUCAAGCUGGGCUUCAUGUCUGCGUUUGUGAAGGCUGCCGCGUACGCUCUGGAGGACCAACCUGCUGUCAAUGCCGUAAUCGAUGACACAACCAAAGAGAUUGUGUACAGGGACUAUGUUGACAUCAGUGUGGCCGUUGCCACACCAAAGGGUCUGGUCGUUCCUGUUAUUCGAAAUGUGGAGGGAAUGAACUUUGCUGAUAUUGAAAAGGCCAUCAACUUGUUAGGAGAAAAGGCCCGUAAGAACGAGCUGGCUGUCGAGGACAUGGACGGAGGAACAUUCACCAUCAGCAAUGGCGGCGUGUUCGGGUCCAUGUUCGGCACACCUAUAAUCAACCCGCCACAGUCGGCCAUUUUAGGCAUGCAUGGCAUCUUUGACAGGCCCGUUGCAAUCGGUGGCAAGGUGGAGAUCCGUCCCAUGAUGUACGUUGCUCUUACGUACGAUCAUCGUCUGAUUGAUGGGAGAGAGGCGGUUACUUUCCUGCGUAAAAUCAAGUCAGUGGUGGAGGACCCCAGGGUGCUGCUGAUCGACAUGUGAACCCUCGUGAACUCCAGGCCCAACCAAACAAGGCACCCUACAAAAACCGUGGCCGUACUCACCUGAUGAACAUAACUGCAGUUAAUGUAUUGUUGUAUUGGUUAACUAGGAUUUUUGGACAACAGUUGGGUUGUGCAAUGGACAUUUCUAAUGCGGGUAGCGGUGGUGCAGUUGUGGAGAAAUGUCGGGGUCUGGUGUAUCUGGUGCUGGUCUUUAGAUCAAAAGAAAAAAAAAAGAUAUAUUCUAUAACUCAUGUUCGCCAUAUGUCAUUUUCUACAUGCAGCUGAAAAAUGUUCCACUUCCUGUGUUACAAAUGGCAAACACAGAUAAAAAUGCAUAAUAUGAUUUUCGUAUUUGGUUGAGGGAAGAACAAUGAGCACAUCUAACCUAGAAACACUAUGUUCUAAAAUCUCUAAAGUGAAGAAAUCUUCUGUCCCAUCUACUGUGGACAUUAUGAGCAACGUUCUCUUUAUGCUGUGUGAGAAAGAUAUUUAAGAAAAGUUUUAAACAAUAAAAGCUGCAUUACUCAACUGUA